AUGCCUGGACUACCAGAGAACAUCCCCCUUGGGGAGUGCACCCUACACUCCCAGUCCCAGGAGCAGCUCACUCCCCAGACAGAAAGCACCGUGUUCAGCCUGUCCCGCAGCGAGUCCCUCUGGACCAACGAGUCGGCCCGCAGCACAUGUGAGAUCUACUGGUUCCCAUUCCACCUCAUGUCCACCGGGGGCAGCAUCUUUGCCUGCGGCUUCAUCCUGAGUGGCCUGUAUUUUGCUGGCUACUGCAGGAAGGCCACCAACAUCCUGGGCCCGGCCUUGGUAUCCAUUGGCCUGAUGGUGCUGGUGGUGGGCGUGGUGCUGAUCCCCAUCACCAAGGAGAACAGGAAGCAGCCCACCAUGAAGAAGCCCUUCAGCUACUACAGGCAACCAGUCUUUAAAUUAUGA